UCUAGCGGGAAGAUAACUCAUUCGUUUUAUUUUAAGUUUUAUUUAUACUAUAACUUUGCAAACUUUAAGAAUAUAAUGGACUGCGAUAACGAAGAAAAUAUUGUAGCGUCUUCACAACCUAAAUCAGAUAUAAUUCAGCCAAUAAAUCGCGACACGGUGCACCGUAUUUGUUCUGGUCAGGUGGUUCUAAGUCUAGCAAUAGCAGUGAAAGAAUUAGUCGAAAAUGCUAUUGAUGCAGGAGCUACAAUAAUUGACAUCCAGUUAAAAGAAUAUGGGUCUGAACUAAUCGAGGUUUGUGACAACGGCAGUGGUGUUGAGAAAGAAAACUUCCAAGCCCUGACACUGAAACAUUAUACAUCAAAAAUAAGACAAUUCAAUGAUUUAGCAAACCUCUCCACUCUUGGAUUUAGGGGUGAAGCUCUUAGUUCCUUGUGUGCUCUCUCUGAUUUAAGGAUCCUGACUAAACAUACAUCAGCAACAAAUGCGACGAAAAUCACGUAUGAUCGAAACGGGAAAAUCAUAAGUGAAGUGUUGGGAGCACGUGAGCAGGGUACUACAGUUACCUUAGAAAAUUUAUUUUCUACGUUACCAGUAAGGCGAAAAGAAUUUGUGAAAAAUUUAAAACGUGAAUUUAACAAAAUGUGUCAGCUGCUUUACGCUUAUUGUUUAGUAUCAAAAGGAGUUAAAUUUUCAUGCACUAAUACGACAAGUAAGGGUUCAAAAAACACGGUUGCUUCUACUGAUGGAUUAAAUACAGUCAGAGAUAAUAUUAUUAACGUAUUUGGCGCUAAACAAAUCUCUUCUUUAAUUGAAGUGGAAAUUAUAGAACCUGAUGAAUCAUUUCUAAAUGAAUAUGGAAUAAAGUCACUUGAAGAGAAUUCUUUACCAUUUGACUUUGAUUUUUUCAUUUCAAGUGUUAUUCAUGGCAGUGGUCGAAGUACAAGUGAUCGCCAAUUUUUUAAUAUAAAUUCACGACCAUGUGAACCAACAAAGUUGACAAAAUUAAUAAAUGAAGUUUAUAAACAGUAUAACCACAGUCAGUAUCCGUUUAUUUAUUUAAAUAUUUUAACUAAGUCUUGUUUAGUCGACGUUAACGUAACCCCGGAUAAACGGCAGGUAUUUUUAGAAAAAGAAAAAUUAUUGCUUGCUACCAUAAAAGCGUCUUUAAUUGAAGCGUUUAAGAAUUUUCCUUCCUCUUAUAAAAUGCAGAAUCUAGACCUCACACAAAACACCUCAGUUAAAGAUUUCUUAGAAACUAAAACAAAUGCAAGAGGCUUGAAAAGGAGUAGCACUGACGGUGAACUAAAAAAAGGCAGUAUUUUACAAAAAUUUAAAAAACGAUCUAAAACCGAAAACGAUAAAGAUGAGUUAAGCCCUCAGACGAGUUUUUGUUUAAAAGAAAUCGCCGAGGAAAGUGAGAAAAAUAAUGACACUGUCAUGUUGGACACUUUUAUUAAACUAGCUCAUGAAGCAUGUAAAAAUGAACCAAAUACCCCUGUUUCACCAAGUACAGAAGAGACAAAUGCAAAAAAAAUAUGUAAAUCUGAACUAAGUACUCCAGUGGGAAGUGAAGCUAAUUCAAGUGUAGCAAAAAUUAGUGGAGAAUCACAAACAGAGUCAAAAGAUGACAAAAUUGAAGAAAUAGAAUUUAAGAUUGUUUGUGAUGAAGGAAAAAAAGCUGUUGAAAACGUAGUGGCUCUUAAGACGCACGAGAUUGAUAAGAAAAUCGAAAAAAAAGAGUCAACAAAGACUGGUGAGAAAAUCGAAGAAAUGGAUUCUAAAGAAAACGGCACAAAUGAUUCACAAGAUGAUUCAACUAUUGUUGACAAAUCGAAAAAAGAGAUAAAAGACUGUAAAGACAACACCUCUGAUAAAGAUGUUGAUUUUGUACUGGAUUCUACGUUUAGAGAUCGUUCGUUUUCUAAGUCCGUAACCUUACACACAACACUGAAAGAUAUAAAAGAGGCACUAAAAAAGAGGAAUAUAUGUAAAGAAAAUGAUGAUAUUAAAGUGCGCUUCCGUUCUAAAAUAAACCCCGAGUCCAACAAAACCGCUGAAGAAGAAUUACGUAAACAAAUUUCUAAAGAGGACUUUGCAAAAAUGGAAAUAAUAGGGCAGUUCAAUUUAGGUUUUAUUAUAGCUAGAUUAUAUAACGAUUUAUUUAUUAUUGACCAACACGCCACUGACGAAAAAUACAACUUUGAAGAUCUACAAGCGAAUACUGUGAUGGAAAACCAAGUUCUUGUCAAUCCCAGACCUUUGCAACUGACAGCCGCAAAUGAAAGUUUGUUGAUUGAAAAUGAAGACAUUUUCAAAAAGAAUGGUUUUACAUUUAAGAUAGAUGAAUCAGCUCCAUGUACAAAGAAAGUUCUGUUAACGUCUGUACCACUGAGUAAGAGUAUAGUUUUUGGCAAAGAUGAUAUUGAUGAAAUGUUAUUUAUGCUACAGGAUUCCAAUCAUACAAUGUGUAGACCAUCCAGAAUUAGAGCAAUGUUUGCGUCUAGAGCUUGUCGCAAAUCUGUGAUGAUUGGAAAAUCUUUGUCAAACAGCGACAUGAGAAAAUUAAUUGACCAUAUGGGUGAAAUUGUACAACCAUGGUUUAUUCAAUGGCGGGAGUGUUAUUUGAAGAUAUAUUCAACGUUAAAGACAUAGAUCCUGAAGGAAAAAAAUUCGAAAGGGUGAGUCGUUUACACUGUGAGAGUGAAUCCUUCAAGAUGGAACUCAUCCUGGACAUAAACUCCU